CCCUUUAUAGGCGAGGGUCUGCACGGCUGAGGACCCUCGGGCUGCGCAUCUCGCGGCUGCUGCUGCCACCGCGGUCGCCGCGCCCUGGCCGCCGCCUGGCUCCCCAACUGCCUCUGGAAGGGCAGGGCUAUUCACGGGCUUGGCGCGAAAAAGAGAACAGAGGGGAGGGACGUGCCUGCUUGUAUAAAAGCCGGUUUUCUGGGCUUCAACUGACUCGCUGUAGUAAUUCCAGCGAGAGGCAGAGGGAGCGAGCGGGCGGGCGCUUGGAGGGUGGAAGAGCCGAGCCAGCAGAGCGAGCAGAGUCGCGCUCCGGGGACCCGGGGAAGGGGAGAUCCGGAGUGAAAGGGGGGCUUCGCCUCCGGCCCGGCCGCCCCCAACCCACUCUUCCCGUCGACCCCCGCCAGCAGUCCGCCACCCUCGCCACAUCCACGAAACUUUGCCCACUGCGGCAGGCGGGCACUUUCCACUGGAACUUACAACAACGGAGCGACUCUCCCGACGCGGAGAGGCGAUUCUGCCUAUUUGGGGAGACGCUUUUCCCUGCCGCUGCCCACGACCCGCUCAUCUGAAAGGCGCUCCACGCCGCCUUUUGGACGCUGAAUUUCCUUCGGAUAGUGGAAAACCCGGCUGCCGCGAUGCCCCUCAAUGUCAGCUUCACCAACAGGAACUAUGACCUCGACUAUGACUCGGUGCAGCCGUAUUUCUACUGCGACGAGGAGGAGAACUUCUACCAGCAGCAGCAGCAGAGCGAGCUGCAGCCGCCGGCGCCCAGCGAGGAUAUCUGGAAGAAAUUCGAGCUGCUGCCCACCCCGCCCCUGUCCCCAAGCCGCCGCUCCGGGCUCUGCUCUCCCUCCUACGUUGCGGUCGCGUCCUUCUCCCCCAGGGGAGACGACGACGGCGGCGGCGGCUUUUCCACUGCUGACCAGUUGGAGAUGGUGACCGAGCUGCUGGGAGGAGAUAUGGUGAACCAGAGCUUCAUAUGCGACCCGGACGACGAGACCUUCAUCAAAAAUAUCAUCAUCCAGGACUGUAUGUGGAGCGGCUUCUCGGCCGCCGCCAAGCUCGUCUCCGAGAAGCUGGCCUCCUACCAGGCUGCGCGCAAAGACAGCAGCAGCCCGAGCCCCGCCCGUGGGCACGGCGGCUGCUCCACCUCCAGCCUGUACCUGCAGGACCUAAGCGCCGCCGCCUCCGAAUGCAUCGACCCCUCCGUGGUCUUCCCCUACCCGCUCAACGACAGCAGUUCGCCCAAGCCCUGCGCCUCCCCGGACUCCACCGCCUUCUCCCCGUCCUCGGACUCUCUGCUCUCCUCCGCCGAGUCGUCCCCGCGGGCCAGUCCCGAGCCCCUGGCGCUCCACGAGGAGACACCACCCACCACCAGCAGCGACUCUGAGGAAGAACAAGAGGAUGAGGAAGAAAUUGAUGUUGUUUCUGUAGAGAAGAGGCAGCCCCCUGCCAAAAGGUCGGAAUCGGGGUCACCUUCUGCCGGAGGCCACAGCAAACCUCCUCACAGCCCAUUGGUCCUUAAGAGAUGCCAUGUGUCCACCCAUCAGCACAAUUAUGCAGCGCCACCCUCCACCAGGAAGGACUAUCCUGCUGCCAAGAGGGCUAAGUUGGACAAUGGCAGGGUCCUGAAACAGAUCAGCAACAACAGAAAAUGUGCCAGCCCCAGGUCUUCGGACACGGAGGAGAAUGACAAGAGGCGGACACACAACGUCUUGGAGCGCCAGAGGAGGAACGAGCUGAAACGCAGCUUUUUUGCCCUUCGUGACCAGAUCCCGGAGUUGGAGAACAAUGAAAAAGCCCCCAAGGUAGUUAUCCUUAAAAAAGCCACAGCCUACAUCUUGUCCAUCCAAGCAGAGGAGCAAAAGCUCAUUUCAGAAAAAGACGUGUUGCGGAAGAGGCGAGAACAGUUGAAACUCAAACUUGAACAGCUACGGAACUCUUGUGCAUAAAUUGACCUAUUGGAGGAAGGAACUGGAAUCAUUUGUGAAUUCUCACUUGUUACUAAGGGGGAAUAAGGAAAAAGGUUUCUUCUGACAAAACUACAGCAACUCUUUACGAAUGAACUUUUCUCAAAUGCAUGUUCAAGUGCAACCUCACAACCUUGGCUGGGUCUUGGGACUAAUCCAGUCCCAAGGUUUAGCCAUAAUGUAAACUGCCUCAGAUGGAACUUUGGGCAUAAAAGAACUUUUUUUAUGCUUGUCAUCUUUUUUUUUUUUCCCCUCUAACAGAUUUGUAUUUAAGAAUUGUUUUUACAAAAUCCUAAAGUUCACCCAAUUUUCCUAUGUAAAUAUGACCAUUAAAUGUAAAUAACUUUAAUAAAACGUUUAUAGCAAUUAUACAAAAUUUCAUGCCAUGUAUUAUAUAAAACAUAAUUUUUUUAUUUAAGUACAUUUUCCUUUUUAAAGUUGAUUUUUUUUCUAUUGUUUUUAGAAAAAAUAAAAUACUUGGCAAAUAUAUAAUUGAGCCAAAUCUUAA